UUCCUUUGAGUGCGUCAAGUUACCAGUACAGACCAAUCGCGGCACAAGUAUUUCUGUUUUCCGUCGUACCCGUUUUGAUUCCAACACAAAGAGCGUUAGCGUAAACACCAAGCUUUCCAGAGUGCGUUAAGUGACCAGUAUAGACCAAUCGCGGCACAAAUAUUUCUGAUUCCUGUCGAUAGGUCGCACUCGUUUUCUAUCCCACACCAAAGAGCAGGGAACUCGUCUAGUCUACAGACCAGAGAGGUGACAUUUCGCCGUACAUUCAGAUAUCCACAAGGUCGUCCACACAAAGUCAAAGGCCCUACAGGAUGGGGAAUCUCCUCUACCGGAUGGGGAAUCUCCUCUCAGAAGAAGAGAAGACACCGCUGGAUGUCACUGAUGUAGACGACCCGCAGGACAGGGACUUUGGAAAAUAUGACUUCCCGUUCGAGAACCUGGUUAUAGAGGGAGGUGGGGCCAGAGGAGUGGCUUAUGUUGGAGCGCUGCGGGUCCUGGAGUCUGCAGGAAUCCUCAAAAACAUCAAAAGAGUUGCCGGUGUGAGUGCGGGAGCCAUCACGGCGACGUUCGUGGCGCUGGGACUCAGCUGUGCGGAUGUGGCAAAGCAGGCUGAGGUGGAUCUGGGCAAGAUUCUCAUGUCCGGAGGCUACCUAAAGACCCUCAUCAAACCCGUCCAUCUGUACUGGCGGUAUGGCUGGGAAACUGGAGACGGAUUCUACACGUUCUUUGGAGGAAUCCUGGAGAAGUUCACACGUAAGGAUGGCCGCCCUGGGAACCCAGAUAUCACCUUCAAGCAGCUGUACAACAUGAGUGGAAUAGAACUCUGCAUUGUGGUGACGAACUUGGACCAGAUGGCAGAAGAAUACUGCCACGUUAAAACCACUCCAAACCUUCCCAUCCGCAGGGCUGUCAGGAUGUCCAUGUCCAUUCCAGGACUGUUCCAGCCAGUGUUGACUGACUACCAUGGCAACAAGGAGUUCUACGUUGAUGGGGGUGUGAUCUGUAACUACCCACUACACUCCUUCGAUGGUUGGUGGCUCUCCAUGGGGGAAGACGACUCGUUCUUCCAUAGACUUGAUGACCUUGCCCACCUCAGUAGGAGCUUCCACCGUUCUAACCGCUUCGAGCCCGUCAACCCGAAAACGAUCGGACUCCUGUUGUAUUCCGAUAACGACAUUGAAGAGCACCAGCAAGUUCUCAUUGAUCGUCUGACGCAGGAAGAAAGACUGUAUAAGAAAAAGAGGCCUGACACCCGGGCAGCCAGGGAGUACCAAGACAAGAGGACCGUUGAGACAGUCGAGGCCAUGGAGAACAGGAAGAAAAUCCGGGGCCUCAUCGACAAGUUUCUUACAAUUCUGAAGGCCCAGAACAAAGACCACACCUCAACUGUCAGUAGGGAGGAACUACACAGGGCUUUAGCAGAGGCAGGAAACAACUCUCUGACUGACAAAGAAAAGGAGAAGCUCUUUGGGAAGACAUACUCCGUAGACCAACUCUUCGAUCAAAUGGACGCCAACAAUGAUGGAGAGCUGACAUUCCAGGAGGUUCAUGGGUUCUUCACCAACAGAGGUUUCAGCUGGCUGACCCGGAGUAUGGAGGAGAAGAGGCAGCACGUCUCCAGUCUGACGGACUACACCAUGAAGUACAUGAGUCUCCUCGGAGUUCUCGGGAAGAAAGUGUACAAAAAGGUUGACGACAUAGAGAGGACCAUUGGAGUGGACAGUGACUACGUGAUGACAACAGACUUUCAACUGGAGGACGAGGAUAAAAUGUUUCUCUUCCAGCGAGGAGCCACCGGCGUUCGAGCGUUCCUGCGGACGUACAUUGCAAAGAACAACAUGAAGCCUACAAAAUCCGUCGGGAAACGCCGCUGGAAGAACCUACAGCGUCACGUGCUGUUCGCCCCACGGCCGAGAAAAGUGGCCAAGCAGGAGAGCAGGAGUAACAAUCUCUAAGUUUGUGUUGGAGUGCAUGUGGUAUGGCCUAGAAUAUCAUCGGUAUGAUUAUGGAGAGAGAUGAUUGUAUUUGAAUCGAUUUCUUAUUAUUUCGGUUAUAACGACCCACAACAACAGAAUGCACAAGUUAUAUACAUUCUUAUCAAAGGGUUCCUGUAGUGGCAAUGAGAAUUUAACAAGCGUUUCAUGACCUUGUUACUGGUGUUGCAUUUCUGUAGUUUUAUACGCUAUUACCGUUUUGUCACAGACGCUUGGGGAAAAUAGCUUUCUUGCUUGUUUCUUUUUUUCAUUUGAUAUAUUCGACUUGCAUGUUGCUGUAAUUGUUUGUCUUGUGCUUAGACACUGAAUUGUUGAAGUUGACACAGUAAUUUUCUCAUGUAUUCAAACUCAUGUGUGAUCUGUACACUCAUGGUUGUCAAAUUCUUAAAGAGAACUUUUAGACUGCAGUUCAACGGUCGCUUUGUAAAAUCGCCUCGUGGCGGUCAGACGUGGUACUACAUGUUACUCUUGGAUGAGACCUGUUAUUCUAUGUUCCGAUACGUUUACGUUACGGUGUCACGAUACGUUUAGACUUGAACGUUUGGUGAGAUUUAUACUUGUGUCUUGCUAAAUUCUUUGUUUGACAUAUCAGUUUCUGUGCACGAUAUAGGCAGACGUACUGGAGUACCACGUGUGGGUUAUGAGUCAGUGUACUAACAAAGAAACUUAGUACACAAAGACCCAAGGUGUACCGUUUCAGAAAAUUAGACAAAGUUGCAACUACCGACACUUUGUGCUUUGUAGCCGUGUGUUGAAUAAAAACACUUCUCCUUAAA